UUCAUGAUAGGCCAUGCAUGCCUUCCUUACAAAUUGAACUGUUGGUUGUUUCCAUGACUACGAAAACCAGCGCUGCACCAAUGACUGAUCUUGUGUUGGGCGACACAGCCAUUUUCGCUCUCGGGGGAAUAGAAUAUUGUACUGCGGUAUUAAAACAAGGAUUAUUUUCUUGAAAUACACACAGGCAUACAGGUUGGAUAGCAAUAAUUGAGUUGGUGAGUUGCACAGUUUCCCGACCGUGCACUGUAUUUACGGUUGGGGAAAACUGAUUAUCUUCUGUGAAGCAUUUGUGGAGCUGCGUAUUGUCUUGCGGAAGCUGGUUUGGGAUGCUGUCGGAAUAGAUAUCGAACUCAUCCCAUACCAGGCAACUGAUCCAACAGCAGUGUUUGCGCUCUAUGGACUGUCUGCCUGCCUGCCUGACUCCUCAAAAACAGGUGCAUAUAGUCUAUAAAUCAUUUGUGGGAAAAUAUUUGCGCGUUGUAUUUCAGGGUCAAAGGAACACACGGUGGCAAUUAUUGAAACCAGGAUCACACUUGUCGGACCUUAACCCUGCAAGUCAAUGUGGUGAAAUCUGCUCUACUGCCGCCCAGAAAACAGAUAUAGGGAGAGGAGCUACAUAAAACAUCGCGGAUGUGUUUUCAUUCUAUCACGUAGUGUGUCUCGCUCUUCAUGUCUGGAUAGUGUGAUUGUCUGAAGUGGUGCUGCGACGAGAGACCUUCAACAUGAAUACAGGUAAUGAGUCUCACCUGUCAGAUUCAGAUGUGUGGCAGUCAUACAGCGCCACGGAGAGCCUGAGGAACGGCGACGUCACCACUUCCUCCCUGGCCGCCAAAGGCUUCAGGAGCGUCAGGCCCAAUCUACAGGACAAGAGGUCUCCCACACCAGCCCCACCUCCUCCCAGUCAUAGCUCUCACCUGAGCCCUGUUGGCAGUUACCCCUCAUCCUACAGCCCUCCUCUGCCUGGCCCUGGUGAAUGUUCCUCUAGCUCACUGGUCCUUAGGCACCGGUCCCACUCCUCAGGAACCAUGUCCUCCUAUUCACACUACCCAGAGAACACCUCUCUCAACCCCAACACCAGGUUAACUGUACCAAGCACCAGUAGCUCCUCCCAAUCUGUCUACAGUCAACCACAGGGAUCCGGCAUGGUCUCCCCAAGACUAACCCCGUUGCAAGUUACUAAGAGCCCUUACACCCCUGGUACAUACCCCCACCAUGAGCCUGUCCUUAAAGACAAGCCACCCCUCCCCCAGAGAGAGAGACACACCUCCUCCCUGUCUAUCCGCAUCACCCCACCCACUCCCCUGGUGGUCACAGUGCCCCUGCUCUGCCAGUACACCCUCCCCUCAGCAGGGCCCCCGUGGACAGGACCCCAGGACACAGGGAUGGCUCUCCUGCUCUCGCCCCCUGCAGGCCGACAAGUGGUCCCUCCGAGACCACCACACAGAAAGACAUCUCCUGAACCGACACUGCCAGCCUACCAGCCCCCCCUAAACAGGCCCUUUCAUAUCCGUCUCUCAUCUGAUCCCUCAAAGUCCCCCAGCCUCCCUCCACCAGUCCCAGUGGGUCCCCGGACCCACUCCCUGCCCCCCCAGGGCCCCUCCACCCCCGAGCCCAGCCAGAGCGGGGCCAGCUCGGUCCUCAGCUGCUCCUACAGUGAUUUGUCCACUGCCGUUCUGGAGGAAGAGUUGCAGCACUGUGCCCUGCUGUGUGCCACCGACAGGAGUUCUCAAACGCCCUCGCCCACCCUCAGCCAGACGUCGGCCAUCACCGACGACACUGCGCUCACUGCCACUACCUACACCAUCGCCGUCGCUAAUAACUACAUGGCAGUGAAUGGGAAUGGCGGGAUCACGGGCAGCUCCUACAGUCACCUCCAGAGGUCCUUCUCCCCCAUGUCCUACCCCCCUCCUCCCCCACUCAGCCCCAGCCUUGGCCACUUAACACAGGCCAGGAGUGCAGAGGUCCGCUCCCCAGGCUACCCCCGUAUGAGCCGCCCGCCCCCCGCCACCCCAGCAGAGGAGGAGUACCAGGAGGUACCAGGAGCCCCAAGGGGAGGCGAGGGGGGGAAAGCCCCUCACCACGCAGGCAUCGGCCCUGUGGAUGAGUCUGACAUCCCCAUCGCCAUCAGAACGACCGUGGACAGACCAAAGGACUGGUAUAAGUCCAUGUUCAAGCAGAUUCACGUGGUACACAAACCAGAAAAUGAAAAUAUGGACCCAUAUAAUACCACCCACACAGUAAUGAAUACCGAUAGCCAUCAUCGCUCAGCCCCAGACUAUCGGCCAGCCAAGUCAUUGCAGACCCAUGCUCCGCCCCAGACCCACACGUACCGGCCAAUGACCAAGAGUGUGUCUGACAACGGCACGUGCAAUGUCUUCAGGAACACAAAUUCCUUAACCUCGCCCUCACCCAUGCCCCCCACACCCCCUCCCAUACUCUCAUCGGCACAUGUUCGAGAAAGGGAGUGCGAGAGGGACAGAGGCACAAUAGACAGAGGCACGGUAGACAAAAACCAAUAUGGACCCCCUGACAGAAAGGUGGACACCAGGAAAUAUCGUGCAGAACCUCGGAGCAUCUUCGACUAUGAACCUGGGAAAUCCUCAAUUUUGGAGCAGGAGAGACAGAAUACUAGUAACUCAAACCCCACUGAGGUAGAUUUAGAGGAUGAGCCUUGGUAUAAGUUCUUUGCUGAGCUGGAGUUUGGACGUCCGCCUCCUAAAAAACGCCUGGAUUAUAUAGUUGAGAGUUCACUCCAACAGGCCUCUGCAGACAGGAACACAGACAGACCGUCAAGUGUCCACAGCUCAACCAGUGACUACAGGAAGAGGAGGAAGUCUGAGGUAGCAGCCCAGCAGCCCAGACCAGCCAGCACCCUGACCACAAGCCAGAGUACAUCCAGCAGCCUGUCAGGGCCCAAUAGCACCACCAGCCACAACCCAGUCUCCUGGCCUGUAAAAUCUCCCCGUAGCAGCAGUUACAGCAGCGGCCUCAACUCCUCAGGACGGCCCUCUGAACCCCCACGUAGCAGCAGUUACAGCAGUGGCCUACGCAAGCCUGUGGCAAGCUCCUCCCCUGCCUCCCCCUCCAGAGCCAAAGGUGGGGAUAUUAGCAACACAUACUCAGCCCAUUUCAGUUGUCCAGGUACCUCUCCAGGUCCCAACCACAAUACCUCACAUGACUCAGUGUUUCCUUGUCUUAAUGAUGAGGCUGUUGACUGUGUUGAGCCUCCUGAGGGCUCUGAUGAGAGCCCUGAUGUGUGUCUGAAGAACGGCUGGCAGGCUCAUGUCCAGAGCCAGAAUGCCGAGGCCUGGAGCUCUGUCGAGGAAAAGCCAGCCUCUCCCAAACUCAAGUCCUGGAGCUGUGACGACCUCCUGGCAGAAGAUAGAGGAUGUCCGGGAGGUUCUGUAGGUUCACAGGUUCGCUCCGAGAGUGUAGACUUCCUGUCACGUGAGCAGCAGGGCAAAGAUCACAGUGUCUGUGACAGCCCCCGGAGAGAGCGGACCCAGCACCACUCGGCCCACGAUGCACCAGGCUUCCUCAAGCUGUACAAGAAGAUGCACCAUAUCAACAGGCAGGAUCUGAUAGGCUCCCAAAGCUCCCAGGUCAUCUGCUCUGUGAAAGCCCGGAUCCUGGAGUACGAGAGCGAGCUGCACAAGGACCGGCUGGCCGGCUGGAGGGGCUACAGCGAAGAGGUGCCCCAGGACAUGGUGCACAACAGGAUCUCUGAGUUUGAGAGCCUCAUCCAGAAGUCUAAGUCCAUGCCCAACCUAGGUGAGGGUGAGGCUACCCCGGGGGGCCCGUCCGGGAGGGGCAGCAGCCCCCAGCGAUGCUUCUCCAUCGAGUCCCUGCUAGACGAGGACCCCCCUGCAAGAAACCCCCCUGAGGGCCAGCCUCACUACCCCAGGAUCAACGCCCCCACUACCAACAACUGUGUGCCCAUCCACAUCCAGAUCACUGGAGACCACCACCACGUCUACCCCCAGAGACCAGCAUCCCAGCAGGAAGUCUACUCAGACAGUGAUCACGACGCCAUCAGGUCCAACCUCAGUGACUUCAUCCAGAUAGAGGGAUCUUCCUUCUGUAGUGAGAGUGACUACGACCGCUGCUCUCGGACGUCGUCUGAGAGCCCCUACGGCUCAGGCCAGUAUCACCACCACCACCGUCAUCAUAACCUUAACCAGCAGAAGCACCUGGUCAGCAACUGUAAGAGCCGAUGCCCUGCCUCUUACACACGCUUCAGCACCAUGCUCAAACACGAGAGGGCCAAGCAGCUGACAGCCGAGGACCCAGAGUCAGCCCAGUCCAAGCUGGCCUUCCUUGUGAGUCCGGUACCGUUCAGGAGGAAGAGGGGCUCCCCUCCCCACAGCCAAAGACAGGCCGUCUCCACUCGCAGAAGGUCCCCUCCCCGCUAUAAGAGCUCCAUGUAUGAGGCUCUGGACGAAGCCCUGAGGGACAUCUAUGAACACAUCCGGGCCGAGAGGAGGAGGGGCAGUCUGCCCGACAACAGAAUCCUCCACAGGCUCCUGGACGAGCUGCUGCCAGACAUCCCAGAGAGGAGCUCCUCCCUCAGGGCACUGUGCAGACGCAGCCCCAGCCCGGGACCCAGCCCCGUCCCUGGGCCCCAGAGCCUGGAGCAGGAGCAGCCAUACCCCUCUCAGCCUGACGGCAUGCCCAGCCCAACCUGCUACCAGCCUGAGUACAACCGCCCUUCACACAGUGCCUCCUAUCACCUCACAGACCCCAACAACAACAGUCAUGUCUGUGAAGACGACUACUACCAAGACCAGGAACCCGCCAGGGGCCACUCUUACGCUGAUGGGGGCCGCCACACCCCCCAGAUCAGGAUGCCAACCCCUGAAGUCAGAGAGCCAGCCAGAGCUGUAUAUGACUUCAAGGCACAGACAGUGAAGGAGCUGACAUUCAGGAAGGGGGAGACGGUGUACAUCAUCAGGCAGAUUGACAACAACUGGUAUGAAGGAGAGCACCGUGGACUGUUGGGGAUCUUCCCCAUCUCCUAUGUGGAGAAAAUCCCUGUCUCUAAGAGGCAGCAGCCAGCCAGACCUCCCCCGCCAGCCCAGGUCAGAGAGAUUGGUGAAGCAGUGGCUCGCUACAACUUUAAUGCUGACACCAACGUGGAGCUCUCACUGAGAAAGGGUGAGAGGGUGAUUCUGCUGAGCCAGGUGGACCAGAACUGGUAUGAAGGGAAGAUCCCAGGGAGCAACAAGCAGGGCAUCUUCCCUGUGUCCUACGUAGAUGUAGUGGUCAAGAAGUCCCCCACUGCCAAGAACCCCGCCCACCACUACCUAGAACCCUCUUCUUUACCCCAGCGCCUAUCCGCUGACAGGAUUCACCCUGUGGGUUCGGCCAAGUCAUCAUCCACGCGCCCUCGCUUCAGUCCACCAUCGCCUUCCCUCUCCUUCAGGACACCCCGCUCCUCCCUGUUCCCAUCCCCCUCCCCAAGUACCCAGAGGGCCCACCUGCAGGCUGUCACCAAUGAUUGGAUAAACCUGACCCUGGGCCUAUCCCCUUCCUGCACCCCGGCCCCCACUCCUCCCCCGUACCCUAACAGCAGUCUGCUGGCCGACCUGGAGGCCCUCAGCACCCUGGUGUCCCCCUCCCCCUAUCCAGCCCCCAGCCAUUGCCUGGUUUCCCCCUUCCCAGCCCCCACCUUGGGAACCGUAACCUCAACACCACGCAGCCUCACCCCUUCCCUCAGAGAGGGACACUUUAUCCCCAUCACCUCCCCCAAGGCUCCCAUCUUCCCCUGCUCCCCAGAACCCAGACCCUCCCCACUAUCCUCCCUCCCCACCUCUGGCGGCACCUCUUUCACCUCAUCACCCAUCUCUCCCAUGUUUGGGAGCCCCAAGUAUGGCAGCGUGGUCGACUUGUCUCGGAUUCAGAACAACACUAGCAUCAAGCCCAUUAUAGACUCACAACAGGAGAAACCGUUCGACCCCUUCUCAGACACAGUGGCCCUGUCGCCCACCUCACCAAAGGCCUGCAGUCCCAUCGAUCUGGUGGUGUACGAGCCCAGCGACUGCCCCUCUCACAGUGACCACCCAUCUCAAAGCUACCCCCUGUCUCACACCGACCCCCCAUCUCAACUCGAGAACAUAGUAGAGCUAAAUCAGUUUAUCUCAAAAGAGAUGAAUCAGUUCAUGGAGGACUCCACUAAAGACCAGGUAGUGGACCAGGAACAGGAAGAUGACCUUUGUGAGGAGCUGGUGUCCAUCAUUCAGGGGGGCGACCUAUCCAAAGGGGAAGAGUUUUACAGACAAGCAUCAGACGUGACAGAGGAGCUUCCCAAGCUCUUCAUAGAGGAGGAGCCUACUGAGAGCAGGAAGAUGACCCCACCUUAUAAUACCUUUACCCCUGUGUGUAGAGAUGGGGCAGAACAGGACAAGGGUUCCUCUGUACGCCUCACCUCCCCUCCCUCCCAGCAGUUCACCAUCCCCACUCUCUCCACCUCACCCAAACUUUUGUCUCCCCUCAUCUCCCCCUGCACCACCCCUCCACUUCCAGGGGUGCUACACUCUCCUCCUCCCUACAACAAACAGUACCCCCGCCUGGAGCCUAGGUCCUCCAAGGUCAAGCCUGUAAAGCGUGAGGUUGUUGUUGUGGGUAAGCCCCCUCGUAGCCCUGUGAUGUCUCGGAGGUCCUGCGGCUCGCCCAGUAGAGCCCAGAGCUAUUCCCCGUCUCAUAGGCGGCCAUUGUUUACCCAAGAUGCCCUGAAUUGUGGUGGAGAGGCGUUCCAGGUCCUGUAUAACUAUGCUCCACGUAAUGAGGAUGAGUUGGAGCUCAAGGAAGGGGACGUUGUUGAUGUGAUGGAGAGGUGUGACGACGGCUGGUUUGUAGGCACAUCCAGAAGAAGCACGUUUUUUGGAACCUUUCCUGGAAACUACGUGAAGCGGCUAUAACCUUUUCAUACAGAAUUCUCAUGAUGUCCAGCAAAACUGCAGUGGUUGUAUAACUCAGUGGGUGAAUAACCAAUAUAUUCAGACGGCACAAAAACGUUACAUUCAUCUAUGACUAGUUAUUUUCAUUAAAAAAAACUUUUCCAGGAGUGACAACGCAUUUACUAAUUUGAUGAAUGGGAGAAGAUAUGAACCCAGUGGCCUUGAAGGAAUAUAUUUCAUGUUUGAUUUAAGGGUAUUCUACUCUACUAACUGUGAUGAUGUCUCAGUUAUACAAUGGAUGCAACAAAUAAGGUUGAAAGCAGAUUUGGUCAUAAACAAAUGUUAGUAAUUCGUGUGUAAUGAGAGUUAUUUACAGUGAAGGGAUGCCUUAUAGACUAAUGGGUUUCACAAUAAUGAAGUAACCAAGUGCCCUAUUUACCACGUAUUUAUUUAUACAUAAAUAUAUAUUUUUCUUGUUCUGGAAGUACUCUAUAAUUGAUUAUGCUAAUUUCCAUUAGGAGAGUGUAUUAUUGACCUUUUUGGAGAGGGGUUGUACUCUUGCUUCAUACACUUAAAGUGCACAGGACCUGAGCUUGGAUCUGCACAGGCAGGCAAAAAGAGAUGACAGUGUUGUUGUGUUAGUUUUAUACAGGCAAUUAGGGUUCCUCCUAAAUGCAUCCGUUAGCACAUGGCUUUGGACAGACACAUAGUUAAUGUAUUCAGGCAGUUACCUCUGACUGGACUAAUGUCUAUUGACUUGUCCGGUUUUGUUUUUCUCUCCUGACAUUCCUAUAAGUAUUAAUAAAAGGAAAGAGAAGACUUUUAUGUAAUUGGACAAUAUAUAUUUUUUAAAAGCAAUGUCUUCUUUUUACAACUAGGGUAGAGUGAUCUGUUAUUUAAGAUUGUUCUUUAAUAUAUGAUCAUUUUACAAUAUUCUUUUUAUUGUGAACUGUCAAAUUAUUUGAAAUUAUUUAAAUAUCUUAGGGACAACUCACCUGCCACAAAUCCUGUAUAAAAGUGUUAAACAUAUUUGAUGUAAUUUAAUUUACUAUCUGGAUGCAUUCAACUGACUCCAAAUCAGCUUUUGAUUUAUGCAAUAACCAGUCUCCCAAAUACCUGCCUUUCUGUUCUAGAACACAGGGCAACAAAAUGACAGAAGGAUUGGAAGUGAUGAUGUUGUUGAUGAUGACAUGUAAUAAAGUCAUCAUGUAACUUUGUGUUCACCACUGCCUAAACACUCCAUACCGUAUAGUCUGUCCUGUACAGUGUAUGUCCCUGUGAUUAAAAACCAUCCACUGCCUCGAUCAGUCAUCAGCAUGUAUUUCCAUUUCUUGCAUUAUUUCAGCAAUAGCAGGUAUGCCGGAGAGGGGCAUAACUUUGCAAACUAGCAUUUGGUCAACAUGUGAAGUCAUUGUCUAAGGAAAACCACUAGCAAUAUCAGCAAAAAUGAGAGAAAUAUGAAAUGUAAUUGUAUAUAAUCAGUACAUUAGAAAGUCUGUAGGAAGUAUGUACUGUAAGUAUACACAAACACAGUGAACUAUUGAUAUGGUGAUCAAGGAUCUACAUCAAGGAGGUGUGAGGAAUUUGGACAUGGCGUCAACUAGCUCUGGUCCAGAGCGUUAGUGCGACUUGCUAACACUGGGCCUUGAAUGCGCAGCGUUAGCAAACCACUCAACACCGUGUCUGCAAUACACAGUCACCACCCUUCCAAUACCUGGAGACCACCUUCUCCCCACGGGACACAGGAUGAGGUGUGGAGGCACAUUCACCCUCAAUGACAAUAUGUCUGUUUUUUCUUUCUGUAAUAUUGAUUAUCCAAUAAAUUCUGCCUGAAUGUU